AUGUCGGUUUCGUCACAGAUUAGCAGCAACAAACGGCGUCCACCCACGUUCGCGGUCCUCAUCGGCUGUCGCUAUCUCGACAAGUCCGACCAUGAUGUGCAACUGGAAUUUACCCAUGAGGACGUGGUCCGCAGAAAGAACCACUUGCUAUCGAUCGGGUGUCCCCUUGAGACAAUGUUAAUACUGGUCGAUGUGGAUAUGGAUGGAUGCAUCCAACCGACACGGGACAAGAUCCUUCUUGCCAUGGACUGGGUAGUCUCGUGCGCCCAACAGAACGCGGAAGAAGGAUGCACCAUAUUCUGGUAUUAUGCCGGCCAUGGGGCACAAACAGUCGACCCAACAGGUGUUGAAGAGAAUAACCAAGCCAUUGUGCCUGUAGACGUCCCCUUCGUUGUCGAACCAGGACGGUCUGGACGCGGCCGUACUCUGAGCGUUCCAGACAAGAUUGACGAUGAUUACCUCAUCAUUGAUGACGAUCUGAACAAACGCAUGCUACAGCCCCUCCCUGCUACGUGCCAUUUCCGCGCACUGUUCGAUGUCAGUCGUCUACUUAGUGUCGCCUCCCGUUUCACCAUCAGAGCAUACACCGAAGGAAAUCUAAACAGAAUGGCUAGCCUCCACGUGCUUGCAUCUUGGACGAGCUACGUACCACGUCGGCGGCAAGCCGGGGAAACUGCUUCAGGUCCGAAAGACUCUCUUCACGAACGGAAGAAUUCGACCAGGGAGAAUGAGGACCAGAUUCAAGGACUGCCCGUAGCAGCAGGGGACAAUCCGAGCGCAUGUAUGAUAGUCAGUGCUUCAGACAAAAUUGGCAGAGAAUUCUUCUUCUGGGGUGCUGGUCUGAAUGAUACGUUCUUCUUCGGCAUCCGAGCGGAGAGGCGGCACAGUGCCCUCAGCGAGGACGGGAUGUCAGCGAUUGUAUAA